UGCAGCUACCAUUCUGAGGGAAGACCCACUGCAACCUUUGCCAAAAAAUGGUCAAAACGGUCGGGAAAUCCACAUCCGAACGUUAAGCGCGGAUACAGGAUCGUCUCUCAUGGUCUGCUCGUGGUUGAUGACAGGUGGAUAGGUGAAGGAGGUGUUUGAGGUCACCUCAGAUCAAUGCUAUGGAGGCCAAGCAGGAGUCAUCACCUGUGUGGAGUCCAGCACCCAACAACGACAAUGGCAAUUCACCUCAAGUGCAUUUUGAGGCUGGUGCAGUGGCCCAGAUUGUGUACAGUGGGGAGCAGUCUGACCAGGGUCAGCAACAGGUCGUAUACACUGCAGACGGAGGCUCCUACACCUCUGUCGAGUCGGCCGAACACACGCUGGUGUACAUACACCCUGCUGACGGAACACAGGCAGUGUUUACAGAUCAGCCCCAGGUGGCCUACAUUCAGCAGGAUGGCACAACACAGCAGGUGACUGUGUUGCUGCCGAGUGGUCAGAACAUGAACACUGCCAAUCUUCAUGUUUUGAGUAAUGUAGCCGACGGCCCACAGGCCAUCCUGGAACCUGUGACACAGAGCCAGCUUGCUGUAACAAACACGCCUCUCCCCAAUACUGCGGAGGCCUCUUCCAGUCCCCUGGGGGCCACAGAUUCCACUGUGGAUUCGGAGGAUGAGGAAGAUGACAUUGACAGUGAUGACUCUGAAAUGGAUGAUUGGGAACCCAGGACGCCCCAGCCAUUCACUCCACAUAACCUCUGGUGUGAAGACUGCAGUAGCGCUAAUCCUGCAGCGUGCUUGAAACAUGGUCCUCUCCACCCCAUCUUCAACCGUCCUGUGACGACUAAGGCUCGAGCCAGUCUGCCUCUCGUCCUGUAUAUCGACCGUUUCCUGGGCGGAAUCUUUACAAAGAGGCACAUCCCCAAACGCACACAGUUCGGUCCUGUGGAGGGACCAGUGGUGCGACAGAGUGAACUGCAGGACACUCACAUACAUCUGAAACUGUACAUGCUAGACCCUGCGAAAGAGGGAGAGAGAAUGGAGGACCUCUGGUUUGACCUGUCCGAUGAGGAGCGUUGUAACUGGAUGAUGUUUGUCCGGCCAGCCCAGACCCACCUGGAGCAAAACCUAGUGGCUUAUCAAUAUGGCUCGGAAAUAUUUUACACCACUAUUAAGAACAUUCAGCCCAAACAGGAGCUGAAGGUGUGGUAUGCUGCAUCAUAUGCAGAGUUUGUCAACCAGAAGGUUCAUGAUGUCACAGAAGAGGAGAGGAAAGUUUUACGUGAGCAGGAGAAGAACUGGCCUUGUUAUGAGUGUAACAGACGGUUUAUGAGCUCAGAGCAGCUUCAGCAGCAUUUAGACAUGCAUGACGACAAGCUGGACCAUGUCCAAAGGCCAAAGGGGCGUGGUCGUGGGCGGGGCAGGAAGCGAUUUGGCACUGCGAGGAGGCCAGGGUGUCGUACAAAAUUCAUCUGCCCACAGACACCUGCUGAAAGUGCCGAUAAGACACAGGAGCUAUUGGCAUGUGUAAAUAAGCUCCCGUAUGAAGAAAGGACAGAUGGAGCUCUUAACAGGCUGAAGGUGGUGGAGAUGACAGCUGAUGCAGUGGAGGCAGAGACAAGAGAGGGGCUCGAUACCCAGGUGACCCACACUGACACGCUACAAGAUGAGUGGGAUUCUGGCACCCUACCUAUGGCCGCAGAGGGCUUGGAGUCUGUGAAAUACGACCUGUCUCAGACGGACCCUGUAGACCCUCACAUCACUCCUCAGGACAUGAGGCGGGCGAGGAGGAUUAGGAAUGCCGCUCUCCAACAUCUUUUCAUCCGUAAGUCCUUCCGACCCUUUAAAUGCCCCCAGUGUGGGAAAGCGUUCCGGGACAAAGACAAGCUGGAGCAGCACAUGCGGUAUCACGGACGGGAUGGCUGCCGUCACAUGUGCCAUCAGUGCGGUAAGAGGUUCCUUUCGAGCACCACACUGGAGGAUCAUCUGCUGCUGCACUCUGAUCAGCGCACAUACUCCUGCCUGUUCUGUGCCGAGUCCUACGACAGACUGGACCUGCUCAAAGUGCAUGUGGGCAUUCACCUGGUCAACGGCUGCUUCUCCUGCCCCUCCUGCAAGAAGUGCUUCACUGAUUUCAUGCAGGUAAAGAAACACGUGAGGAGUUUCCACUCAGAGAAAAUCUUCCAGUGUACAGAGUGCGAUAAAUCCUUCUGUAGGCCUGAUAAACUACGACUGCACAUGCUCCGCCACUCUGACCGCAAGGACUUCCUCUGCUCCACCUGCGGCAAACAGUUUAAGAGAAAGGAUAAAUUGCGGGAACACAUGCAGAGGAUGCACAAUCCAGACCGUGAGUCCAAGAAGGCGGAUCGGAACCACCGCACCAAGGCUUUGAAACAGAAGGAACCUACAACUGAUUUCGAGAGCUUCAUGUUUAAAUGUCGACUCUGUAUGAUGGGCUUCAGGAGACGAGGGAUGCUGGUAAAUCACCUGUCUAAACGGCAUCCUGAGAUGCGAUUGGAGGAGGUUCCUGAACUUACCCUGCCCAUCAUUAAACCCAACAGAGAUUAUUUCUGCCAGUACUGCGAUAAGGUGUAUAAAAGUGCCAGUAAGAGGAAGGCCCACAUUUUGAAAAACCACCCUGGGGCUGAGUUACCCCCCAGCAUCCGAAAACUGCGUCCGGCUGGGCCGGGAGAACCCGACCCCAUGCUGAGCACACACACCCAACUGACGGGUACCAUUGCCACUGCACCAGUGUGUUGCCCACACUGUGCCAAACAGUACAGCAGCAAGACAAAGAUGGUCCAGCACAUUCGUAAGAAGCAUCCAGAAUAUCAAUAUAACAGCAGCAGCAUUCAGGCUCCACUGGCUGCUACAGUCAUCAGCAGCACACCUGCUGUCAUCACAACAGAUGGCACUGCUGCAGAGGCUGUGGUGAUGACAGACUUGUUGACACAGGCCAUGACAGAGCUGUCCCAAACCCUGACGACAGACUACCGCACGGCACAGGGGGAUUUCCAGAGGAUUCAGUAUAUCCCUGUGUCUCAGGCAGGAGGAGGUCUGGCACAGCCACAACAUAUACAGCUGCAGGUGGUGCAGGUGGCCCCGGCAUCCUCACCUCACUCUCAACACUCUACAGUAGAUGUGAGUCAGUUACAUGAUCCUCACAGUUACAGUCAGCACUCUAUUCAGGUUCAACACAUACAGGUGACAGAAACUACAGGUGCAGAACAGACAAACGCACAGGUUACGGGUCAGCCUCUAAGUCCCUCCUCUCAGCAAGCUGCCCAGGAGCUUGACACGAACCAAUUCACCCCUGUGACCCUGGCUCAGGGCCAAACUCUACAGUCAUCCACCAAUCAGACACAAGGAAAUGCACAUCAUGCUUACCUACCUAGUAAUUGGAACUACAGGAGUUAUCCAUCUGAGAUCCAGAUGAUGGCUCUUCCUCAUACUCAGUAUGUAAUAGCUGAAGCGAGCACUGCUGCCAAUGCUGCAGUCAACAACAGUCAGGUCAAAACGACACACUAUGUCAUCUCAGAAGGACAGACAGAGCUGGAUGGAAAACAAGUGAAUGCCACUUCAACCUCAGCACAGGAUCAUCCUGACCCGCUAGAGCAGCCCGUCGUCAGUCAACAGACCACCACACAGUACAUCAUCACUACCACCACUAACGGGACCGGAGCCAGUGCAGUUCAUAUAACCAAACCCUGACCCCACAUAUGAAGAAACACUCACACUCUUACUGCAGAGGGACAGAUGAAAUUGUCACCCCUUCUGUUGGCAAGGAACUUUAAAUGGGGGCAAACAGAUUUCUGAUUUUGAUUUAUUUUCUUGAAUAAUACAGAGAUAAAAAAUGAAAUGUUAAAUAGUGAAGAAUAUGUUUUUUUUUAUUAUUUAAUAAAACACUGGAGUUGGUUAGCUGUGUUUCUAGACACCCAAAUACAUCCAAUCAUGAUUUCACAUAUCAGGAGCUAUCAAAAUUUUAACUUGUGCCAUCCCACUUGUUUUAUGCUUUUCAUUUUGGCCUAAUUUGGUUUGAUUCCUUUAAAUAUUUUUUAAGCAAAUGUGAGAGGUUUUUUUUAUUUAUUUUUUUACACCUAAUUAAGACUAAUGAGAGACCCUUAGAGCUUAAUUUUUUAUGUUUCCCCACAGAAAAAUUGGGUUGGCGCUGUGGAUCUUUAAAUUUGCUGGACUUUGUUUGAAUAUAUUUAUUUGGAAUACUUGCAAUUUAGUACACUAGAAAAGCCAGCAAAAACAGUUAAAUACCAGACUGGUAAAGAAAUGCCCAGGUCAUAUUCUACCCCAAAAUCAAAUGAAAGAAUUAAGAAAUUAUAUUUUGCAUAAACAAUAUGUUUUUAAGACCAUUAAGAUUUUUUUAUUAAUAAUGUGACAUUUGUUUUAAUGACAAUUAAGCACAUUUAAACAUCCCUCUCAUGCAAAAAAAAUGUAUUUAAAAAACUAUUUACAUUGUAAAAUAAAAUUAAGUAUUCAUCACGGUAAUGUACAUUUUUGCAUUACAAUAAUAAGUGACAAUGUUUUGCAUUACGGCGAUGAGAAUAUGGGGAGAAAAUGUGUGUAAUUUAAAUAAGGUCACUAUGCAACAACAACAAUCUUAAUGGUAAUUAAACAGGCUUCGUUUGAUAUAAUUUCUUAUUUCUUUAUUUUGAUUUGACCGGACCUGAACAUAAAAGUGCCUGAACCAGUGUUGUUGGCAACUUAUUUGAUCGAGGAUCAGACUUCCUCCUCAAAGUUUUAUUAUAGAUGGGGCAUUAAUGGUUAAAUCUUCUUAUAUCAAAGAUCAGAUCAUUUGUUCCCAUGUUAUCUUGCUUACCAUGAAGCUGAGAAAUGAAUACUAAGCCCAGAUCAACACUAUUACUUAUAAUUGUAUUUUAUGGUCCAUUGGAAGAGUUACCAGCCAGCCUGAAGUUUAUUUGAAGGUUGAAAAUAAACAAUAAAAUUGAGGGAAAUACUUUGUGUUACCUGCUCAAAGACUUCCAAUGCUUUUCACUCACAAAAAUCAAUCUACAAUAUUAAAACAAUGUCUCAAUUUGUCUUAAGUCUCAUAUUUCUGUGCUGGAAUGUGUUUAAAUGUUUGGACUUUUAAGAAAUGUCAUUUAACUUCUUGUGUUUAUGGACAUACUGGUAUUUAUUUGGGGGAGAAGCACUACUGAAUCUUUAUAACCUCAAGAAGGACAAAUAUAUCCAUCAUACAUUAUUUAUACUGAGACAAACUUGUACAAUGUAAAAAAAAAAGAAAAACUGUAAAUGUACUAUUCUGAUGAUUAUAUGUUUUGCUGUAAUUAUUGAUGGUUUAUGUACAGUAAUGCACCUCAGUGUCUCUAGAUAAGUGUCUCAU